CCUCCUGCUUCUUCUGGGACAGCUGCACGAACGCUGCCCGCACCUCCAGCAGCUCCGCCGUCUUCUGGGACAGCUCUUUGGACAUGUUGCCCUUCUGCCCAGCUAAGAGAAUGGAGAGACUUCCAACUGACCCCAGGAGGCUGAAAUGAAGAAAUGAGUUACUGAUGCUCCAAAGGUGAAUGCAACGGAGGACCGAAGCAGGUGCAAGAAUGUGAGAAGCCAGACUUUGCAGAAACAUGUUCAUAAUGUACUGGAAAAUUGGACAUUUGAACCAGCUGAAGAGCAGGAAUGUGACACCCAAGAGAAAAUCAACUUUGAGGUCCGCAUGCGAGAAGGCAUCUGCAAGCUGCUGGCAGUGAGCACACAGAAGGAGCAGCUCCUGCGCGCCGUGAAGAACCUGAUGGUCUGCAAUGCUCGCAUCCGGGCCUACAGGGCACAGCUGCAGGGCCGAAAGGAGGAGCCCAGCCCGGGCAGGACUGAGGAGCAGUCUUCAGAAAAUGAGACAAAAGACCGGAUGGCAUGCAGAGCAAAGGUUGCCAUAUCAGAUAUUCGAAUACCAUUAAUGUGGAAAGGCUCUGACCACUUCAGCAAAAAAGAAAAAUCACAGCGCUACGCAGUGUUUUGUUUGUUCAGAAUGGGAGCUGAGGUUUUUGAUACUGAGGUGACUAUUGUGGAUGAAGCAAUAACAGAUAUCUGUUUUGAAAAUGUAACCAUAUUUGAUGAAGCAAGCCCAGAUUUCCAGGUAAAGGUUGAAGUGUAUAGCUGCUGUACAGAAGAGUCUUUAUAUAUAACAAACACUCCUAAGAAACUGGCAAAGAAACUUAAAACAUCCCUCAGCAAAGCUACAGGGAAGAAACUCAAAGCUGCACUGGAGGAAGACAGCACUGAACCCCUUGUGCCUGCUGACCCAGUCAUCCAUGGAGCAAAGUACAGCUUGCUAGCAUAUACCACUUUGGGGCUGGAAAGUGCUGAGGACAACUUCAGGACCCACAACCUUACCAUUACAGGAAAUGAGGAAUCCUCUUUUUGGCUACCCCUGUAUGGAAACAUGUGUUGCCGUUUAGUUGUCCAGCCCACCUGCAUGGCCAGGGAUAUGAUGGCAGGAUUUCUAAAUCAGCAGCAAAUGGUAGGAGGUCUAACAAGCUGGAGGAGGCUGUAUUGCGUGCUGAGAGGUGGCAAACUCCUUUGUUAUUACUCACCAGAAGAAAUUGAGGCUAAAGUGGAGCCAACAUUGACAGUUUCCAUCAACAAGGAAACCAGGAUUCGAGCUGUGGAUAAGGACUCCAAGAGAAGAGCUAAUAACUUCUCCGUUAUCAACCCCAUGUCUGGAGAGGGUGUGACGCAACGUUUUGCUACUGACAGUAGGGAUGAACUUCAUCAGUGGAUGGAGGCUUUCUGGCAGCACUUUUAUGAUCUGAGCCAGUGGAAGCAUUGUUGUGAGGAACUUAUGAAAAUUGAGAUUAUGUCACCACGGAAACCACCUUUGUUCUUGACAAAGGAAGCGACCUCCGUCUACCAUGAUAUGAGCAUUGAUUCUCCAGUGAAACAUGAGGGCUUAGCUGAUAUCAUACACAGGAAAAUUGAAGAAAGCAAUGGUGAGUUCCUUCUUGGCCAGCAACAAGAGUCUGCAUCUGCCCUAUGGGCAUCACUCUUUGAUGGAUCUCAUGAGAUGACUGUUCAGAAAAACAUGCAUCUGGACCCAAAAAGAGAUGCCACAAGUCCUAAGGACAGCAGAGGAAAGAAAAGAAGAGCUCCGCCUCCACCCUCUGAGAAGUCACCAUACAGUGCAGAAGCACAGUGCCUUUGCAUCUUCUGUGAAGCAAGUUGGUGUAACCAAUAAAACCUGCAGGCUCCCAGGAAACAGAGAACUCAGCUAUACAAUAAAGUCAGUGCCCCUGGAGGAACUGCUGCUCCCAGCAGUAGAGGAGAAUGUAACAUUUCACCAUCUUAGCAGCUGUGUUCGGUGAGGAUGCUUUAAUUGCGUGACUCAAAAUAUCAGGGAUCAAAACCCAAGUCAUUUGGCAGCUUCCUGCUGGGAGGAGGCUUGGAGGACCUGUGGCUUCUUCCAGCCCUUCUGUCCCAUUCCCCUGUGUUCACAUUUGUGUAGGCAAGCUGGAAUGCUGUCAUCUGGCAGGGAAGUCCAUUGAGAAACACUUCUCCCAGGAUGAAUGGCUCCAAUGAUCCAGUGUAGCACAGGGAGGACGUUGGUGGUACCUGCUGAACUACACGUGGGAUUAGAGACUUGUCUGAGGAAGGUGUCGGGCCUGCUCUGAAAACUAUACCUUGCUUGUUCUCUGCUGGGAUUAAUUAAUGCUGCUUAAAACCAGAAUUAAGGGUUGGAUGCAGUCUUGAAGUGGGGGAGACAGAAAUCAGCCCGAACUCUUCUUUUAGGAAGUACAACUUGAAAUUAAUUGCUAGUUCAAACAUGAAUAUAAAUUUCACAGAACAUGAACUUCUGAAAUAUUGACUGAACAAAGCCUUAAUUUAUUAACUUUUUAUAUUUACCUGAUGUCUUCAGCUGUUUAUUUGGUCUUGGAAUGGUAGAUGGUACCUUCUGUGGUUUUAAAGGCAUUGCCUUCAAAUGCUUACAUUUUUACUAGUAUUGUGGGGUUUUUUUCCCAUGGUAAUAAUACUAAUAGUUAUUUUUUGGUGGCUUGUACGUAUUUGGAAAUACUGUCGUAGUAUUCAGAAUUGAUUUCUAAUUAAUGCAAACUACCUUAAUAGAAAAAUGGAGAUUUAGACACUAAUGUAUUGUGAAAUGUUAGAACAGAAAUCUUCUUAUUUUGCUGCUAGCAUAUUGUAUUUCUGUUAAAAUAUGCAAGUGAAAUUAAAAACAUUUCUAGAAUAAAAGGUUUUUGGUGUAAUUUUUUUCAAUCUGGAACUACAUUAAGGUUUACUCCAGUGUAUAAGCCAUGGGUGAUGGCUGCUGUAAAAUGAGAGAGCUCAGGGGUAGCUCCUUUUCCCUUGGGCCUGCCAUGAAUGUAGCCCUGUAGGCUCAUACUGACAACAGCAAACAGUAUCAGCCUCAGUUUUCUGACUUGGAGGAAGGGAGGAAAAGCCAUUUAACUGGCUUUCAGUUAAAUCAAUGCUCCCUGCCAUUCACUGAAUCCAACGGACACCACCUUGUGUGAGUCGGUAAAGUUAGAAAUAUUAUGAGAUGCACCUUUUUUCCACAAAUGUGCCAAAACAAAACAGCCUGUUUUAGGUUUCAUCUUACUUCUCUCAUAAUCAUGGAGGAAAAGAUGCCAUGAAGUAGAUUUACAUCUUGCUUUCUGCUUUGUA